AAGAGUGUCCUGCAAUGCGAAUUCUGUGGCGGCAAUUUCAUCCGUGAACAGGCUUUUAAUUUGUAUUUAAAGAUGCACGAUCCCCAUUCAGAAGAUCAAGUGCAGCCGCAACGUGACGAGCAAUUGGUCUGCGAGAAUUGUGCCUGUAGCUUCAUGACGAUCUCGGAGCUGCGUGAGCAUCAGAAGGAACACGUUGCCGAGGACUAUUUUAGAUGCGACAAUUGCGACUACGUGACCUUCUACAAAAAGGACUUAAUCAUCCAUCAGAAGAGUCACAAUGUGUCUUCAAUUAUAAGUAUUAAUUAUAAGUAUCAGUGCGAGGAAUGCGGCGAACAAUUCCAGAGCAAGAGCGACUGCCUGCUACACCUGUUGUCGCAUACAAAUAAUAAGUUGAUUCAGUGCGAUGUGUGUAACGUCACAUUUCGCCAUUCCGAAGGUCUACGAUUACAUUCGAAGAUACAUCAACCGGACUAUGUACAGCCAGAAAGUAAACACCUCUGCAAGGUAUGCAACAAGAGUUUCUCUCAGAGACAAGUGUUGCUGGUGCACAUGAAGAUCCACGACGUGGAAAACAAGUACGUGUGCACGACAUGCGGCAAGUCCAUAUCCAGCAAGUUUUUUCUCACUGUGCACCAACGCAGGCACACCGGCGAAAGGCCUUAUGUUUGCGACAUUUGUGGGAAAAGCUUUAUCUCGCGGAAAUACUUAAGCCUACAUUGUAAAACACAUAGGGGCGAGAAACCGCAUGAAUGUACUUAUUGUAAAAAAAGAUUUGCUCAACGGUACCCGAUGAUGAUACAUCUACGAAGACACACAGGUGAUCGUCCUUUUCCUUGCACGCACUGUCACAAAUCGUUUAUUACAAAAGUGUUGCUGAACUCGCACUUAAAAACGCACGAGAGACGAAAUGCUCGACAGCAACAGAAACAGAAACAGCAACAACAGCAGCAAGAAAGUUCGCAACAGGGAAAGGAAUCAUUGCCGUCCGAAACGGUCACUAAAAUGUUGUAAUUAGGACAGUGAUUGCUUAGAUUCUAUACUUUUUUUUAUGUAAUC